CCAUCUUUCUUUUUUUAAACAUCUUUGUGAUUCUUUUGUGGUAAUGCGAAUGCAUCGAAAUUUCACAACUCAAAAGCUCAGCCGUAGGGUAUCAUAUCGCAAUGCCUGCUAAACGGUCGACUGCCAUCCUCGCUCUACCGCACAAGUCGUUCCAUCAUCUACCGCCGCCCCUCAUCGCUUCCUCCGACUCAUCGCUCUCCAUUGCCUCGACCAGCUGCCCCUCUUGCCUCCUGGCCCUUCAUGCGCUAUUCAUAUAUGCGGAAGGUUGGGCGCUAUGCCGACGGGCGCCGGACAACCAAAGCCAAGAAGAAAACGAAAUAACCCAAAAAAAAAAAAAAAAAAAAAAAAAAAGAAAAAAUUAACAAACAAGAACAGAAAUUGCGCAUCGUUCUAUGGUCCCAGCAGCUCCGGAAUCCCCUGUCCUUUGAAACAUAAGAUCCCCCAUUGUAGCCGAAACACCCUGCCAUGGACGCGAAAGAAAAUCCAGCCCCCGGGCACAUAUAAUACUAUUAAUAGACAAGCAUGGUUCAUGCAUCAAGCACAAUCGCUGACCCGCUCUCGCAUCUGUUCGGAUUGGGCACCUGCGAGGAUUGGGGACCGAGAGGACGAGCGUCAACGAAACAAGAAACAGGUCGAAAGUUGUACGUUGCGUAAAGAUUUUGCUGGACGGCGCAUUGUCGACCAACCGGUAUGAACAUGGGGAAGAUGCCGCCCCUGGUCCGAACCUCCACGAGGUCAUAUAAGAGAAGUAUGAGAUAGAGAGGCCAGGGGCAGACGUAAGUUGGGGAGAGGGAAAAAAGAGAUAGAAAUGCGAAAAGAAUAUCAGAUCACUGACUG